GGCCGCUGCACCUGCCCGGUCUUUCGCCGAGACCGCUGUCAAUCGCGGGGCACCAGGAAUAAAAGGCCCCUUGCAGAGAUUUGAAAAUGGCCAUGAACAAAAGUGUUGGCCUCUUCAGCUCCGCAUCCCUGGCUGUGGACUACGUAGAUUCCCUGCUGCCUGAGAAUCCUCUGCAGGAACCCUUUAAGAAUGCUUGGGUCUACAUGUUGGACAACUAUACAAAGUUCCAGAUCGCAACCUGGGGCUCCCUGAUCGUUCAUGAGACGAUCUAUUUCCUGUUCUCUUUACCUGGCUUUCUAUUCCAGUUUAUACCUUUCAUGAGAAAGUACAAGAUUCAAAAGGAUAAACCAGAAACCUUUGAAGGCCAGUGGAAGUGUUUGAAAGGAAUUCUGUUUAAUCAUUUUUUUAUCCAGUUGCCUCUGAUUUGUGGAACAUACUAUUUUACAGAGUUUUUCAAUAUUCCUUAUGAUUGGGAAAGAAUGCCAAGAUGGUAUUUCACUUUGGCAAGGUGUUUGGGCUGUGCAGUCAUCGAGGAUACCUGGCACUAUUUCCUGCACAGACUCCUUCACCACAAGAGGAUUUAUAAAUACAUUCAUAAAGUCCAUCACGAGUUCCAGGCUCCAUUUGGAAUCGAAGCAGAAUAUGCACAUCCCUUGGAAACCCUAAUUCUUGGGACUGGAUUUUUCAUUGGAAUUGUGCUUUUGUGUGAUCAUGUAAUUCUUCUGUGGGCAUGGGUGACCAUGCGUUUGCUAGAAACCAUCGAUGUGCACAGUGGUUAUGAUAUCCCUCUCAACCCGUUGAACUACAUCCCUUUUUAUACCGGGGCUCGGCAUCACGAUUUCCACCACAUGAACUUCAUUGGGAAUUACGCCUCCACCUUCACGUGGUGGGACAGAAUCUUUGGGACGGAUGUCCAGUACCAUGCCUACACUGAAAAGAUGAAGAAGCUUGGGAAAAAGUCUGAGUGAGCACCUGCUCUCCGCCCUCCUGACUGCAGCUGGCAACUAACAUUGCUUCUGGGGAGCAGAACUAAGCACGUGACUCGGCUGCUGGUGAUAGGAACAUUAACAACCUUUAAGUACUCUGCGGGAUGAGAACUCUUCUGCUCGACACCCAAGAUCUGUAAAUGUGGGAACAAAGAAAUAGAUACAUAAGUACAGUUUUCAGGAGGAGGUUUUAAAGGCCAUAUUGCCAACCUCACCGAAAGGUUUCAGGAACCCGAGGAAGUGUUAAUGUACAACUCACCACUUCACGCCACCCGAGGCUGAAGUUGACGUUGCCUUUUAAGCCUUUUUACAUACACUGGCCAUUUCAGAAAAUUCUCAACAAUAAUGUCUGCCUUCGAGUUUAAGUCAUGGUGUUUUUUAGAAUUGACUUGAAAUGAAAAUAUCACAAAGUGAAUAUAUCAGCUGGUGAUCGAGUGACUGAAACCCCCCUGGUCUGCGGUUGACCAGUUCAGGACUAUUCUUUCUGUGAAGGAUUGUUUGAUUGUAGUAUCUUUAUCAGCAUCUUGUAAAUUGGCUCAUUUCCUACGUGAUGUACAUAGAAUACUAUAACUUAACGACUUUCAAGUUACUUGGGGCAUUUUUAAAUUGAGGAGCCCCACUUCUGAUGUCCACCCCCUUGUCUUUGUGUGUCAGGUGGUCUCGGAGCUUUGUGAAUUCUCUAUCUGCACCUGUCAGAGCUGGUGAAAUAAAUGUGAUUUUUGUCCG